GAGGAGGAGGAGGAAGAGGGAAACAGACGAGCAGCCCGGAGGAGGCACCGUCCAGAGGUCCUGGCGCUGGGGACCCUGCCCUGCCCCAGCCUGCUGCUUCCCGCCACGGCCAUGGGCCCAGGGGCUCUGCUUGUCCUGCUGGCAACCACAGUGUGGCAAGGUGGAGGAGUGCCCGUGAUAGAACCCAGCGGCCCUGAGCUGGUGGUGGAGCCGGGUGCGGUGGUGACCCUGCGAUGCCUGGGCAAUGGCACCGUCAAGUGGGAUGGCCCCAUCUCCUCAUACUGGACCCUGGACCCGGACGCCCCCAGCAGCGUCCUGAUCACAAACAAUGCCACCUUCAAAAACACGGGGACCUAUCACUGCACAGAGCUUGGAGACCCUCUUGGGGAGAGCGCCACCAUCCAUGUCUACGUCAAAGCUAAGAAGGUGACGGUGUUGGAGGGCCAGGAUGCAUUGCUGCCCUGCCUGCUCACUGACCCGGCGCUGGCCGCAGGUGUCUCCCUGAUGCGGGUGCGCAACCGGCCGGUCCCGCCCCACACCAAUUAUACCUUCUCGCCCUGGCAUGGCUUCACCAUCCACAAGGCCAAGUUCCUUGAGAGCCGGGAUUACUAUUGUUGUGCUCUGGUGGACGGCAAGAUAAUGAAGUCCAUCGGUAUUGAGCUCAGAGUGCAGCAAGUGCUCCCGGGCCCCCCCUCCUUGACGUUGGCGCCUGCGGAGCUGGUGCGGAUUCAGGGGGAGACUGCUUCGAUCGUGUGCUCGGCCAGCAACCUCGACUACAACUUCAACGUCUUCCUCCAACGUGGCGACACCAAGCUCGCGCUCUCUGAAGACUCCGACUUCCAUGAUGGUAGCUACCAUAAAGUCCUGACCCUCAGCCUCAGUGACGUAAGCUUCCAAGAUGCGGGCAACUACACCUGCGUGGCCACCAACCCCCAGGGCACCCGCUCCUCCUCCAUGGUCUUCCGGGUGGUAGGGAGUGCCUAUGUGAACCUGACCUCGAAGCAGAACCUAUUCCAGGAGGUCUCAGUGGGCGAGACCCUGAACCUCCAAGUGCAGGUGGAGGCCUACCCAGACCUGCAGAGUUUUAACUGGACUUACCUGGGGCCUUUCUCCGACUAUGAGCCCAAGCUUGAGUUUAUCACCAACAAGGACAUGUACAGGUACACGUCCAGCCUCUCCCUGCGCCGUCUGAAGCCCACCGAGGCCGGCCGCUACUGCUUCCUGGCCAGGAACGUGGGUGGCUCCAGUGCUCUGACCUUCGAGCUCGCCCUGCAAUACCCCCCAGCAGUGACCCUCACCAGGACCCUAGUCAAUGGCUCAGACGCCCUCUUCUGUGAUGUGUCCGGGUACCCCCAGCCCAACGUGACUUGGCUGCAGUGCAGGGGCCAUGCUGACAGAUGUGAUGAGGCCCACGUGCUGUGGAUCUGGGAGGACCCGUCGCCCAAGGUGCUGAGCCAGGAGCCCUUCCACAAAGUGACCGUCCAGAGCCUGCUGUCCACUGGGUCCCUGGAACACAACGUGACCUAUGAGUGCAGGGCCCUCAACACCGUGGGCAACGACUCCGAGACCUUCAGGCCCGUCUCUAUAGGAGCCUACGUGCAGCUCCCCGAGGGGUCCCUCUUCACGCCAGUGGUGGUCGCUUGCCUGUCCGUCAUGGCCUUGCUGCUGCUGCUCCUCUUGCUGCUCUUGUACAAGUACAAACAGAAGCCCAAGUACCAGGUGCGCUGGAAGAUCAUCGAGAGCUCCGAGGGCAACAGUUACACCUUCGUCGACCCCACGCAGCUGCCCUACAAUGAGAAGUGGGAGUUCCCCCGGAACAACCUGCAGUUUGGUAAGACCCUGGGAGCCGGCGCCUUCGGGAAGGUGGUGGAGGCCACGGCCUUUGGUCUGGGCAAGGAAGACGCUGUGCUGAAGGUGGCUGUGAAGAUGCUGAAGUCCACUGCCCACGCGGACGAGAAGGAGGCCCUCAUGUCGGAACUAAAGAUCAUGAGUCACCUGGGUCAGCACGAGAACAUUGUCAACCUGCUGGGAGCCUGCACCCACGGAGGCCCGGUGCUGGUCAUCACGGAGUACUGUUGCUAUGGCGACCUGCUCAACUUCCUGCGGAGGAAAGCGGAGGCCAUGCUGGGACCUAGCCAGGAGGAACCCGAGGGGGAGAACGGCUACAAGAAUGUCCACCUGGAGAAGAAAUACAUCUGCAGGGACAGUGGCUUUUCCAGCCAGGGCAUGGACACCUACGUGGAAAUGAGGCCCAUCUCCACGUCUUCUUCAAAUGACCCCUCCGAGCAAGGCCUUGACAAGGAAGAUGGCCGGCUGCUGGAGCUCCGCGACCUGCUCCACUUCUCCAGCCAAGUGGCCCAGGGCAUGGCCUUCCUGGCUUCCAAGAACUGCAUCCACCGGGACGUAGCAGCCCGCAACGUGCUGCUGACCAGCGGCCAUGUGGCCAAGAUUGGGGACUUUGGGCUGGCUAGGGACAUCAUGAACGACUCCAACUACAUCGUCAAGGGCAAUGCCCGCCUGCCUGUCAAGUGGAUGGCCCCGGAGAGCAUCUUUGACUGUGUCUACACCGUCCAGAGCGAUGUGUGGUCCUACGGCAUCCUGCUCUGGGAGAUCUUCUCACUCGGGCUGAACCCUUACCCUGGCAUCCUGGUGAACAGCAAGUUCUAUAAACUGGUGAAAGACGGAUACCAAAUGGCCCAGCCUGCAUUUGCACCAAAGAACAUAUACAGCAUCAUGCAGGCCUGCUGGGCCCUGGAGCCCACACACAGACCCACCUUCCAGCAGAUCUGCGUCCUGCUUCAGGAGCAAGUCCAAGCGGCCACGAGAGAGCAGGACUACACCAAUCUGCCUAGUGGCAGUGCCAGUGCCAGUGCCAGUGGCGGCGGCAGCGGCAGCAGCAGCAGCGAGCACCUGGCCUGCUGUGAGCCCGGGGAGACGGCCCAGCCCUCGCUGCAGCCCAAUAACUACCAGUUCUGCUGAGGAGCCGGCCUGGGAGCAGUGCCUCUCCCUCCCUCCCAGCUUCAGUUCCCCCGUGGACGGGCAGCCUGGGGAGAACGUACAAACUCUGCCCUCGGUCACUUAACUCCACAGCUCGGCCCGGCUCCUUGGGAAGGUGAGGGACCUAGGGGAGGUCAGAGCGGACCCCGUUCCCAGAGCCCGGGCCGCCACUGCCAGUAAGGGGCUGGGGGCUGCGCCCCUGCCCGCCCGCCCUCAUGGUGUUGGCCUCACGUUCGCUGUGCUUCCUCAUCCCCGCCCGUCUCGAUGCACAAAGACUGAGUUGGUGCCUACGGCGCCCCCACGAGCUGCCCUGGUGCUGAGAAAAGGCUCCCUGGACCUGCACAGCCCUCCCCCACGCUGGACCUGCUACUGCGAGCCUGAGCCCCAAGGCAGCCAAGAGCGAGGGGCAUGCGGGGGCGGGAGACAGGGGACGGUGUGUAGCCGGCUACACCACGCACGCCCAGCUGACUCAUCCUGACUAACAGACACGCUGGGGGCUGUUGUCCACAUUAAACUAACGGCGCUCACA